AUGUCUCGUCCCAGAGAUAUCGAUGUCUUCCUCUCCUCAUACCGUGGACAAAGAGGAAAUUCAUCAUUGUCGAACAAUUAUCUCUUCUAUACAAAUCAAACUCCAUGCCAGCCUGACGGGAUGAGAUAUGAUGAAUGGAUGAAAACUUACGAGAGAGAUUAUGUUGAAUUGGAGAUGAAUCACGGAUAUGUUCAAUGGUUUUUCCCAAUUCGUGAAAGAGGCGUUAAUCCACACGCACAGCCGUUAGAGUCUCACGAGAUUGAAAAGAUGAAAGAUGACCAAGCGAUUAUCGACAAACUGCUAAGGUCUUUCAAGAUGAUGCUUUCAUUCUAUGGAAUCGAUUUCAAUGAUGGGAAGUUUACUUUGUCUAAAGAUUACAAGGAGCGAUUUCAGAACCUACGUGAUCGCUCACAUAACCUACUUCGGAUAACUCGAAUCCUGAAACAUUUGAGUGAAUUUGAACAAUUGCAAACUCACACUUCUACCCUGGUAUUAUUCUUCGCAACUGUCCAUUCAGAGGGAUUAUUGAAUUUUCAAGAAGGGACAAUGAGGGGCGAUUCAUUGGAUCAAUGGUGGUCUAAUUGUUUCAGAGAUGAAUCGGAAAGGAAAUCGAUUAGGAAGAUCGUUCAGUCCAGAGGAAAAUUCGGAAGUAAGGCUUGGGGGUGGGAGGAAUAUGAUCAAUGGUAUAGAGAAGUGAAGAAGUAA